UCCGAGGGAGAGAAGCUGCCGGCAAGAGAGCGCGUUGUCUUUAUGUUCAAGAUAUUCAGACACUUCGGGAAAGAACUGUCUGAUGUCGGUAACCAGGGACCCUGAUGCCAACAAACAGAAGAUGGAGAAACCUUUGCAGCUGGUUUGUAACAAGGAUGGGAAGCUGCAACUUAACCCAGAGGCUCUGAAGGUCCUCCAGUCCAUCGAGGAUCCAAUGGUUGUUGUGGCUGUGGUUGGUGCUGCUCGUACAGGGAAGUCCUACCUCAUGAACUGUCUUGCGGGAGACAAGAAGGGAUUCUCAGUGAAUUCAACUGUCCAGUCUCACACCAAAGGAAUCUGGAUGUGGUGUCGAUCUCUCCCUCCGAGACCCAAUGAGGUCCUCCUGUUGUUGGACACUGAGGGUCUGGGAGAUCCCAAGAAGGGAGACAGCCACAAUGAUAAUUCCAUCUAUACACUGGCUAUCCUUCUGAGCAGCAUCCUCAUUUACAAUGGUCAAAAACAAAUAGACCAGCAAUCUCUGCAAGACCUUCAUUUUGUGACUGAACAGUGUAAGCUGAUCCAGAUGAAGUCUCAGCCCGAUGACUAUGACAGAUGGGACUUUGUCCGUUUCUUCCCUGAAUUUGUCUGGUUGAUUCGUGAUUUCACUCUGGACCUAGAGAUCGAUGGAAAAGAUGUGACUCCGAAUGAGUACCUGGAGCACAGUCUGAAACUGAAGGACAGUGAGGUCAGUGAACAGGACAAGGAAUAUAAUGAACUCCGCAGGUGUAUCCGUGAUCAUUUUCCCUCACUUUGCUGCUUUGCAUUUCGACCUCCCGCAGACUGGAAGAAACUCAAGCAUCUCCAGGAACUGGAGGACAAGGAUCUGGAUGAGGAUUUUGUCAAGGAGCGGAAGAACCUCAUUCAUUACAUUCACACCCACAAGAAAGUCAAGAGAGUUCUUGGGGGUCAGCUGGUCACGGGCAGGAGAUUUGUUGAAUUGACGAAGAUAUACGUGGGCAUGAUGGUGGAUGGGGUCCUACCGUGUGUGGAGAGCUGUGUCGCCAAAUUAAUGGACGUGGAAAACCAAGCAGCAGUAGAUGAAGCCCUGAAAUUCUAUGAUGAUGAAAUGAAAAAAUUCUCAGAAUCUGACGAUGUUACUAUGAACAAACUCACAGAGUAUUACCAUAUGAAGAGCAAAGCGGCAUUCAAUAUCUUCCACAAAAGUUGUAUGAACAACAGUGACAAACACAUCGAACAGCUGGAGGAGAUAAUGAGUUCUAUUUACAAGUCUCUCAUGGUGAGGAUGAAGAAAAAGUCACAAGAGAAAUGUGAGGCACAUCUAAAAAAAGUAAUGUCAUCAAUAAAAGAAAACCUGACAUCUGAACAUUACCUGAGUCCUGGCGGUUUCCAGGCACUGAAGAAGGAUCUUGAUAAGGCCAUUGAGGAGUAUGAAGAAAAGACCAAGGAUGAAAUGGAGGGCUGGGCUGUCCUCACCCACUUCCUGGGAGAGGAAAAGCCUCAUCUAGACCAUGUACAGAAAAUGGACAGCAGCCUGACGGAGGAACAAAAGCAUGUCUCUGCUUUGGAAGAGGAGCUCUCAAGGCUGAAACAGGAGAUGAAGAUGAUGGAGCAGAAGAGGAAAGCAUUUGAGGAAUGCAGGAAUAAGGAGAUCAUGGAGCAGAUCAAGAAGAGGUUUGAGGAGGGUAAAAUGUGCAGCGUGGAGGAGCUGAAGGAAGCCAUGGAGCAUAUGAGGAGUGAGAUGAAGAAAUAUGAAGUUGAAGGCAGGAUGGAGGAUGCAGUAAGGGCUCGGCAGAGGUACGAGUACCUGAAGAAGAAAUAUGAAGAGGCAACAGGAUCGAGUUUCAUGAAAUUCAUAAGGAGAGUGCUGAGAUUAUUUCAGAUCAGGUAACUGUGGUAGGCGCUGUGGUAAAAUUGUAUCCAUAGCAGGAAAGCAGUCAAAAAAUGCAUGCAUUUAGAAAUGUGUCCGCAGCACCAAUCUGUGACAUCCCGAACAGCUUCCACCCACUACCCUCCCCAGUCUGAUCAGUGAACUGGACCCCAAAUAUUGUCCACCACACACAUUCCACAUCCAAUCCAGAGCCGGAUAUCAGAGACACACACUGGAACAUUUAAAGUGGGGUCAGAUUCCAGCUGGUGAAUCUCAGAACCCCAGGGAUGUGACUGAGCCAGUGUAAUAUGUCCCACUCACUAAAUCCCCUCACACAGCCCACGGACACUCUCACCCAUGACCGACUCUCCCCACUGACUUAAUCCCCUACCACAGUCCAUGCACACUCACCCCCACUCACUAAAUCCCCUCCCACACCCCAUGGAAACUGUCCCCCAUCACUGACUCCUCUGCCCAUGAAACCCCCUCACACAGCCCGUGGACAUUCUCCCCUAUCACCGACUGUCCUCACCUACCGAACCCCCUCCCACAGCCCAUGGACAUUCUCCCCCAUCACCGACUGUCCUCACCUACUGAACCCUCUCCCACAGCCCAUGGACAUUCUCCCCUAUCACCGACUGUCCUCACCUACCGAACCCCCUCCCACAGCCCAUGGACAAUCUCCCCUAUCACCGACUGUCCUCACCUACCGAACCCCCUCACACAGCCCAUGGACAUUCUCCCCCAUCACCGACUGUCCUCACCUACUGAACCCCCUCACACAGCCCAUGGACGCUCAGCCCAAUCACUCUCCCACCAUCCACUGAACAGACCCCCACAGCUCACGGACAAUCUCAGCAAUUACCAAUUCCCCAACCCCCACCGAAUCACUUUGCACAUUCCAUGUAUGCUCUCUGUCAUCACCAACUCUUCCCCCCAACUCACUGAAUCCUCUCCCCCAGCUGACGGACAUACUCUCCAAUAACAAGCUCUCCCCACCCACUGAACCACUCCACAAUCUCGCAGACUGUCUCCCUCAUCACCAACUCCCCUACCUACUGAAUCCCCUCACACAGCCCACAGACUCUUCCCAAUUACCAACUCUCCCCAUCCACUGAAUCCUCUCCUGCAGCCCACAGUCACUCCCCCACCACCAGCAUUUCCCCACUCACUGAAUCCUCUCCUGCAGCUCACAGACACCCUCCUCAUCCUUGAAUUCCCUCCGACAGCCCGUCUACAUUCUCCCCCACCACCUACUUCCUCCACUCCAACCAAUGAAUUCCCUUCCACAGCCCAUGGACAUAAAGCUAUAAAGCUACAUGUCCAGUUCUUGUGCAUGUUUUAUUCAAUUCUCUCAUAUACCUGUCCACACUGUACCACAAUUACCUGAACUAUCAAUUAUAAGGAGCUCUGUUUAUCCUUGAGCAAUUCAUCAAACUCUCCUUGGCACAGAAUGUCACCUCCCACAAUGUCCUUAUCAGCUGGUUCAGUGUUCUGGGUCAGCGGUCAGCUCUAUUCAAUACUGACCUGUGUUGAUAAUGUGUCCUUCCUCCACUCUGCUCUGUGUUCUGUGGAUCUCUGUCUCACCAGCAGAGUUUCCUCCCAGAUGCUGAUGGGAGCUUGUCAUCCCCCUCUGGCUGUUACAUUCCCACCAUCAAUCCACGAUCAGUGUGAUUACUGGAUCACACUAAUUAUCCAGGCAAUAAAUCUGACCACCAGCAAUGAACAAUUGGAAGCUGAAAUGCAGGAACAGAUGUACAUUCAGCAGAGAUACGUGAGACUGCAGGUGCUGGAAUCUGGAACAACAACAGGAAGAUGGAGGAAUCUCCAGUGGGUUGAGCAGCAUCUGUUGGUGGGGGUGGGGGUAAGGAAUUGUUGACACUGGGUCAAGAUCACGUAUUAGAACUGAUAGAGGUAUCCUCAGCACAGGGUCUCAGCCCAAAAUGGUGACAAUUCCUUUCCGACCACAGAUACUGCUUGAUUCACUGAGUUCCUCCAGCAGGUCAUUGCUUUAUACACCAACAUUUGUAAAUUGAGUAAAUAGUUUUAGCUAAUAGAUUUGUUAAGUAACAUAGUUGCUACAUUUAACCACAAUAUAACUUUAUGAACAAAUCAGUAAUCUUUCCAAUUAGCCAAAUCAAUGUCACUGCAAUAAUAAGAAUCAGGAUAUAUACGCGUGGAUGAACUUAGAUAUUGAAUCCUUGU